GAUUUCUCUCUCCCAUUCUCGGUCUGGAGUAAAGUUUUUCCGUGUGAGUGUGGAGCUGAAGAUGGCGGCCAGCUCGGAGCGUAGUCCUCCUCCCUUCCCGGACUUAGAGGAGCCCGAGCUGCUGGAGGACAGUGACGACGGCGCGGAUGCGUUCACAGGCACGUCAUUCUCUGAGAUGGAUUCACCAGUGGACACAACCGGAUCUCCCAAAGACAUCUUCAGCGACCCGUCAGAAGAUAUCUUCAGCGAUCCUCUGAGCGACACCAAUUCUGAACCCCAGAAGAGCAUAGAUGACAAGGUAUCUUCUCCUGGUAGUGACGAGGCCAUCGACGUGUCCAGUGAUCUACUGGAUGACGAAACCGACAUAAUUAGUUCACCUGACAUCAAAAAUCUCGUGCCAGAUCUUAUGAAUGAGUCGGUUAGUACCUGCAUCGUAGAACCACUGAAAUCUGAUGUCAUAAGUGAAUCAACCAAAACUGGCCACAAAAAUGACAUCACAAAUCGUCAGAAGAAUAAUUUCGAAGACUCUACAAAAGAUGUCAGCAAAAGUACCAGAACUUCUUCCGGCAAGAAAGCGGCGAGUUCGGAGCUGUUCAGUGAUGAAAAUGACGAUGAAGAUCUCUUUAAAGAGCCCUUAAAAUCUGUAUCAAAGAAACCCCACCCCUCGGCACUCAGUGGACAACCAGUCAACAUUUUCACAGAGGUGAAAUCAGAAAUAAAGAUCAAACCUCAAACUAAAGCUGCCCCCAAUGAUCUGUUUGCAGAAGAAGCCAUAACGGUGCCUGUCGCCAAACCUGCCACGUGCGCCAACUCCAGGACCAAUGGGGUUCACUCUGAAGAGCAGGAUCUCUUCACAGAAGCCACAGUGGAGUUGUCGCUGGACAGUCCUCAUAAUGAACGUAAGAAGAAAGAUGUCUUGAAGCCUCCAGUAUUGACUCCAGACGCCACUGUGGCCAGCAGCAGUGCCAGUAAAUUUCCGGCCAAAACCCUGGAGGAGCUGGAGGAAGAGGAGACUGAGGACAAGUUUGAUUUGAACAUUUCCAUCACAAAUCCAGAGAAAGUCGGUGACGGUAUGAAUGCAUAUAUGGCCUAUAAAGUUUCAACACAGACAUCAUUACCGAUGUUCCGGAGCAAGACGUUUACAGUACGCAGGCGUUUUAGUGAUUUCCUCGGAUUGUACGAAAAGCUCUCUGAGAAACAUUCGCAGAAUGGAUACAUCGUACCUCCGCCACCAGAAAAGAGCAUUUUGGGUAUGACUAAACUGAAAGUCGGGAAAGAGGAUCCGUCGUCGGCAGAGUUUGUGGAGAGGAGGAGAGCCGCUCUAGAGAGGUAUUUGCAGAGAGUUGUGAGUCACCCAUUUCUAUUACAGGACCCUGAUGUGAGAGAGUUCUUGGAGAAAGAGGAGUUACCUCGUGCGGUGAGCACCCAGACCUUGAGUGGAGCCGGCUUUCUUAAAAUGAUCAAUAAAGCUACAGAUGCCGUCAGUAAGAUGACCAUCAAGAUGAACGAACAAGACGUGUGGUUUGAUGAAAAGAUCCAGGAUGUUGAGAAUGAAGAACAGCAGAUGAGGAAGCUUCAUGUGAUGGUGGAAUCACUUGUCAACCACAGGAAAGAGUUAUCGGGGAACACUGCAGUGUUUGCGAAGAGCGUGGCGAUGUUGGGCAGCUCCGAGGAUAACACGGCUCUGUCUCGAGCUCUUUCUCAGCUGGCCGAGGUGGAAGAUCACAUCGAACAGCUACAUCAAGAACAGGCAGCAAACGACUUCUUCACCUUCUCAGAGCUGCUCGCAGAUUACAUACGACUGCUGGGAGCUGUCAGGGGGUGUUUUGAUCAGAGAAUGAAAGCAUGGCAGCGCUGGCAAGAUGGUCAGAACAUGCUUCAGAAGAAAAGAGAAGUCGAGGCCAAACUCCUGUGGGCCAACAAACCUGACAAACUCCAGCAGGCCAAAGAUGAGAUUGUAGAGUGGGAAGCAAAGGUCACGCAGUACGAGAGAGAAUUUGAAAGAAUCUCAGCCACCGUACAGAAAGACGUCAUCCGUUUCGAUAAAGAGAAAGCUCGAGACUUUAAGCGACAAAUCGUCAAAUACCUCGAGUCUCUGCUGCACUCACAACAACAACUGAUGAAAUACUGGGAGGCGUUUUUGCCAGAGGCAAAAGCUAUCGCGUGAAGCGGUGACCGCAAACGCAAACACACACUCACAGAUGACUGAAGUCUUUUCUAUACUCCUUACCUCUCGCCUAUAAACCAAGAGAAAUCAUGCUGCGAAGGGACAUCAUCUAUCCUGAAUUAAUAACUGUAGAUUUUCAGUGUUAUCUUCACCUUUAUUUUCUUACGAUAAAAUCUUAUAUUGGUCAGGUGUGGGGCUGUCUUCCUCAUCUGUAUGCAACGACACUUACUGUUCCACGAGAGGAGCAUUCAGUGAAGUUCUCUCACCUUUGGGUGGGAAUGAUGCACUUUGAAUUUAUACUCUUCUGAGGCAAUGUCAGUGGUUUACACUAGAGGGCGCUCUACCCUCAUUCAAACACUGCUGAAAGCAGUUUAUCCAUCAGGCCACUUGUUUAGAUGUCACAAUCUGUGGUUUCAUCCAUAGAUUUAGAAUGUUGUUUCAAUGGUUACAUUGAUGCACUUCAAACACAGCAGUUGUAAUAUGCAUUCCUACAGCGCAGUUUAUAUCAAUUUCUGAGCUCUUGAACCGAAGCUUUUCAGUCUUUAAGUUGGUUUUCGUUAUCUGAAAUGUUUUGAGCUCCUCAUCCAUGAUUUCAUUUGCUUUAUUUUCUCUUUAAAGCUCUUUGAUUUCUUGAUAUUUCUUUGUUUUUACGUUUUCAUCUGUAGACAUUUAUGCCAGCAUAUUUGACUGUAGCAUGUUAUAAUUAAUACACUUUUGCUAUGCUAAUAAUUAUGAUUCAACUAUUUCUACAUCAGUUUUUUUUAUAUAUUUUUUUUUACAGAUUUUGCUCCUGUAAAAACAUUACAGAGUUUGCAAGAUUCAUUUUUUUAGAUUAAUGUUCACUCGCCAUUAUUUAGACUUUAGAGUGAGAAAUUAUAUAUAUCAUUUUUUUUAUUUUUUUUUUUGUUAAUUGGAUCAGAUAUUUGCCUCAUAAAUGAUAUUUUGGGCCCUGUUGUAAAGACAGAUGUUAACAGGUUGGAGUUUUCGGCAGGGGUCACCAUUAGGUGCCAUAAUUCAUCAAAAUGUAGGUAUUUUUCCACUCUGCACAAUUUUUUUUUUUAAAGAAAACAAUAAAGAUUUCAUUACAAA